CCUGGGGGCAGGGGUUGCCUCAUCACCAGGUCCAGGAGGCACAGGCUGCACGCAGGACUGGAGACUUGGAGAGGCCAAAGCAGCAUGGAGGCUGGGCAGAAAGUGACCCGCAAAGGCCGGAAGCUGGGCUCCAGCCGCCGGCGGCAGACACGAGAGCCUGCUGACGGCCACGAUGCUCCUGCAGCUCCAGAGCUGGAGUCCUGGUCCUCCCAGGCCACUGAAGAGCUGCAGGGCUUCUUCCAGGACUCCGGUGCCAAGGAGAGGGGCUUUGUCACUCGUGAAGACCUGGCGGUGGCCAAGUUCAGCUUCCUGGGCAGCGAGGAGGAGCCUGAAAUGAUAUUUGACUGGGUGGAUGUGGAGCGGAAGGGACGUCUCUCCCUCGAAGAAUUCAGCUCUGGGCUCAAGACAAUCUUUGGCACAAGCCCAAGCACCCACAGGCUCCGCAAAAGGAGGCCAGUGUCCUCCAAGCGAGGAUCUGCGGCCACCAGCUUCCCAGUGCUGGAGGAGGCUGACGCCGAGGAGAAGGAGACAUUCUUGGUCUUCAUGGAGCAGCUGGGGGCUGGCCACUUGCUUCCUGAGCAGGCAGAGAUCUGGCAGCUGUGGGGGAAGCUGCGGCAGGAGGAGCCUCACUUGGCAGGCAACCUGGAGGGCUUCCUGGCCAAGAUGACCAGCCGCCUACAGGAGGCACAGGCUGACAAGGAGGCUCUGGAGCUGACCCUGAGGAAGCGGGACUCUGACCACCACCGAGAGGUCCAGCAGCUGUACGAGGAGAUGGAACAGCAGAUCCACCGGGAUAAGCAACAGCUGCAGGCCGAGAGUGACUCCCGGGACCUGGCCCUCAGCUCCCAGAUGCAGGAGGUCCUGGAGGCCAAGGAGCGUGAGGUGCGCCAGCUGACGGAGGGCCAGAGGGAGCUGGAGACCCAGCUCCACCGCCUCAGCAGCACACACCAGGAGGCCAGCUCGGAGAACCAGCAGCUUCGGCAGACGGAGCGUGACCUGGCUGGGCAGCUGGAGGAGGUGCGGGAGCAGCUGCAGGUGACCAGGGGGCACCUGAACGUCGCUAAGGGCCGUGUGUCCUGGCAGGUGGAGGAGGAACCAAGUGUCCCCAGUGCAAGUGAGGAGAAGGCUUCCGACCCUCAGGCAGUCUCCUCUGAGGAGGCUCCCCUGCCCGGACUGUUUGGGGACAGCGAUGAUUGGGACCAGCUCCUGAGCAACUUCAGCAGCCCCCCACAAAGAGCCCUGCAGCUCUAUUGGAGCCCACCUCCAAGCCCGAGGUCCCCUUCAGAACCCCAAACACCUCGAGUGGUCAGGCAGAUCUCCAUCUCAGAGUCGCAUAAGUUGCUGUUUGGUCAGGAGCCAUCUUUGGAUCCAGAUGGGGCUCCAAGGAGCCCCCCUGGGGUGCUCUCCAGGGCCAAGGAAGGGGAAGGAGAGGACCCAGGUGGGCAAGACCUCAGUCUGGAGCAGCCUGUCCAGCCUCACAGCCUGGAGCCUAAGGAGGAGUCAGGGCCUGGCCCUGAGUCCCGCUUCCCCUGGGGUCUCCCCGGGGCCCCAACUGGGGAGUCAGGGAGCCUGGUGGCAGCUGCACUCAAAGUGCUCACUCCUCUGGAGGAUGGACCCCCUCCCCAGGUGACCUCUCCCCAUCCCGAGGCCCCAGCUGGGCUCAGCAAACAGUUUCAUGCCUCAUAUCCAGAUGCUAAGGACUCCUGGCCUGGGCCUAUCCCAGCCAAGCCACCCAGGCAGAGAGAAACCCUCCAUCAGGACCCACACACUGCUGGCUCUGAGCCAGGAGUGGGGUCCCCAGGAGCUGGGGCCUUCACACCAGAGCUGGCUGAGCUCUCCCAGGGUCUGGAGUCUGUGGCUCAGGCUCCCACAGAGGGACUGGAGCAGAGCAAGCCAGGCCCGGAUGUUCGGGUGGGCCGUCCUGCGGGGCUAAGAGAAAAUCGUGGCCAGGUCCUUGGGUCAGAUGAGCUGCCUGCCCUCCCUGACCAGAGUCUGGAAGAGGAGCGCAGGGCUGAGGAAAGAAAACAGGUGGGCGGAGGAGGACAAGGCCUCAGUUCAGAGCAGUCAGUUGAGGCUCAGGGCCUGAAAACUGGGCAUUCAGAAACCCCCCAGCAAGAUUCUCUGCCUGCUCCUCACCCACUUGACACACCACAGGCUCUGGCUGAAGCAGAAGCCCCUGUUUCUGGAAAACUGUCACCUCCAAGGGGCUCUCCCCCGAGGGGGGCUCAAACUGGGGGUGGAGCAGAGCCCCAGGAGCCCACGCAAACCCUGUCCAUCAUGGCUGAGCUGGAAACCCAGCCCGUGCCUCCAGCUGCAGCUGCUUACACAGAAGGAGAACAAGGUCCCCUACAAUCGGGGGAGCCAAGGGCAGAGAACAGGCCUGAGGACCCAGGAACAGAUUCUGGGGAGGUUGGGCUGACCCCAUCAUCCUCAGCGGGCCCCACGGCCAGCCAGCCUCCAGCCGACCCUGACUACAUCUUCCACAUCAUCUUCCUGGGAGACUCGAACGUUGGCAAAACAUCCUUCCUGCACCUGCUGCACCAAAACACCUUUGCCACUGGACUGACAGCUACCGUGGGAGUGGAUUUUCAGGUCAAAAACCUGCUGGUGGACAACAAGUACUAUGCGCUUCAACUCUGGGACACGGCUGGCCAGGAGAGGUACCACAGCAUGACACGGCAGCUGCUCCGCAAGGCUGAUGGAGUGGUGCUCAUGUAUGACGUCACCUCCCAGGAGAGCUUUGCCCACGUGCGCUACUGGCUAGACUGUCUCCAGGACUCAGGGUCCGAUGGAGUGGUUGUUCUUCUCCUGGGAAACAAGAUGGACUGUGAUGAGGAGCGGCAGGUGUCCACCGAGGCUGGGCAGCAACUGGCCCAGGAGCUAGGGGUCUCCUUUGCAGAGUGCAGUGCUGCCCUGGGUCACAACAUCCUGGAGCCUGUGGUGAACCUGGCCCGGUUGCUCAAGAGGCAGGAAGACCACCUGAAGGGCUCGCUAGUGGAGGUGGCCCUGGAGAAGCAACCGAAGAAAGCUGGCUGCUGCUCCUGACCACCCGGCCUGGCUGGGGUGGGACGGCCCAUCCCCUGGGUUUCCUGUUCCUCAGCCCCUGUCCCACCUGCCUGGACACAGCAACGACAGAGAGGGCCAGCUCGGAAGCUCAGGAGAAGCCUCCUCAGGUCAGGACUCAGAUCUCAGGGCAGGGGCUGCACUGACACUGCCCUUUGCUUUCUGAAGGAUUUUGCUGAGCAAAUAAGCCUGGGGGUGGGGGUGGGGGUGGGGGUGGGGACUCUUUAAAGAAAGGAAAAGUCUAAGAGACAAAUUAAGGAAAAUACACCACAAUAUUGGCCACAUGUGUCUGGGUGGUAAAAUUAUAGGGUGAAUGUGGGACGGGGUGUUAUUUUCCUUUUUAUUCAUAUUUGUAUUUUCAGAUUUUCUACACUGACUGGGUAUUCCUAUACGAUCAGAAAUAUAAAUAAAUGUUGAGAUGGAGGGAGAGAA